AUGUAUGAUAUUUUGAAAACCCUUCUCGCACUCACCCUCUUCUACUCUCACUCUAUUGUGCAUCCAAUUGCAAAACGAAUUCUGCGAGUAUCAAAGAUGGCGAAUUGUAGAUGUGGAAUGGAAACAACGAAGUUGACCUCAUGGACGGAUCGUAACCCAGGAAGGCAAUUUUUGAAUUGUUCAAGAUGUGGGUUCGUAAGGCGGGUUGACCCUCCGAUGUGUGCUAAGGUAUUGGUGGUGAUUCCAGGUUUGAUAAGAUCAAUGAAUCGAUUGGAAGAGAGGGUUGCGAUUGCAAGUGCAGAACUGUGGAACUACCAGCUGAUGUUGUUCUGUUCAUGGAUGUUUUUUUUUGGUUUUAUUUUAACUAGUAAAGUGGUUGAAGGAUCUGGAUGAUCAGCCGCCACCUCCACCUUAUACAUUCCAUCUCCGGCGUACCUCCUUCUACUUCUCCCCAGCCGCCGCCGCCGACCAGAUAGAGUCCCAAACGACGCUGCCUGCUGCCUCACCAUCGAGAUGCCGUCAUGGCUUGGCUACCGGCGAAGGCACAUCUCGCUACUGUUUCAUUGUCGGCCCCUUUCACUCCCACAGUUGAAGACGGAGGUGCCGCUAGCCGGUGGUCAAUGGUGCUUCAGUCCAAGGUGGUCUCUGCUCAUCCUCCUCACCCGUUCUCCUGUUGCUAUUUCCUAUUCGUGA